CAUUCAAGGGCUGCCAGAGGGUGCUGCUGCUUCCAGAGGCGUUUUCCGGUCGCUGUGUGAAGUAUGGAUGGAGCAGAGACAGAGGUGAAACUGAUGGAGGACGAUCAGCCUGAAGCAUCACAGGGUCAGGACGGCAGAGAUGGAGGGAUGAGCCCCUUGGCUGUGUCGCCCCCGAGGCAGAGGCUGAGAGCCCAGCAGCAAUCAGAUGAGGGAAAAAGCCCAACACAGGAGCCUGAGGUUUCCCCGCAGCUGGCCCGCCAGAUCAAGUUCUGCGCCCAGGACCUGAGGAUCCGGCAGAAAGACCGUCAGUGGGCCGCAGAGCUGGUCAACGACUUCCAGGACAAGCUGCUGAACUUCCUGAGGAACGGCAACCAACAGCCUUACUUCCAGUCGGCGGAGUUCCUCAACUCUGGCAGCUACUUUGAGAUGGUCAAGAUCCACAGCCCCAACGAGUUUGACAUGAUGCUGAAGCUCCAGUCUCCGUCACGGCUCAAACUGACCACGCUGGACGGCGGCCUCUUCUACCAGAUCGAUCUAUACCGCUCGACUCGCAGCCCCAUACGGGCCUUCCUGCUGGAGAACGAAACCACCCUGUCGGCCAGCAAGAUCCUGACCGAGAUGCACCGCCUGGUCCGCAAGUUCAUCUCCACCUACAGAGCGACCGAUAAGCGCUACCGCUGGCUGGUGAAUAGGAAGCGGGUCAGCUCCCCAGCUGUCACUUUGUCUCUGGUCAGGAAUGACAACAGCGGUGAGGAGCUCAUCUCGGUGGACGUGGUUCCUGCUCUGGAGAUUCACCCGUCACAGGGCUGGCCGAGCGCCGCCCGUAACGGCCCAGACGUGGACAACUGGCUCGGGAAGAAAAACCGACAAGAAAUCAAAAGUUUGCCCUGCUACUUUGUACCCAAGAGGAUGAAGGGGAGGAAGCUGAGUGAGGCGGCCAAAGAGAGUUGGAGGAUAUCUUUCUCUCACAUUGAGAAAAAAAUCAUCUUGUAUCAUGGCAACAAUAAGACCUGCUGUGAAAGCACUGCCACCAAAUGCUGCCGUAAGCAGUGCCUGAAGCUCCUCAAGUGCCUGAUCGAGGGCCUCAAACAUCGAUUCCCUCGGGAGCUGGACCACCUGUGCUCGUAUCACGGGAAGACGGCCUUCCUCCACACCUUGUCCAUCAGGUUCAAGGACUCCAUGUGGGCUCGCCACCUGCUGCCUGUUUGCUUCCUGCACCUGCUGGGGGCGCUAGAGGGCUACGCACGCAGCGGCCUCCUGCCUCACUUCUUCGUCCCCGACUGCAACCUGUUUUCCCCGGAUCACUUCCCCCGCCGCUCGCUGGCCGUCCUGACUGCGGCUCUGGAGGAGCAGAGGAGGGAGGGCCUGCCGCUGCUGGUGCCCCCCGCUCCUGCCGCCCCGCUGCCCGCCUUUGGCAGCCCGCUGAGCCCGGAGCCACGCCCGGCCUCCUCCUCCAGCAACAGCCCUCAAACACCUUCAGAGAGCCGACUGAACACCGACUUUUUAAUGAAGCUCGUCCUGCCGUUUGCUAUAGUGUUCAUUUCUGUCCUGUUUCUCAUGUAAGGGGCUGGUAUAAAGAUAUAAGCUGAAUGUAAGAAUUAUUAGAGAUAUUUUUAAUGACAUACACUGAUGAGGCGAUGUUAGGUAAAAGCCAUUAUCCCUCAUUAUUUCCAUUUAAUUAAACCUGUACCAAUCACAAAUCAAGAGAUGUAAGCAGAUGAUGUGAUUUGGCUUGUGCAAAAAGGACUUAGAUGUCCGUAAAAUUUAUGUACAUUUCAGGUUUUUUUCCUCACUCCCCUCUCUGUAUCUAACCAGUAAAGCAAACAGUGCAUCCUUGUUUAACCUAUGCAUUCACUUGAAGAUUAAUACAACACCACAUCUGUUGGUUCGAUGAGUUUAUUUCCCAAAAUAUGAAAUUGCCAUAGACCUAAGCAGAUCUAUCACUUUACUGUCAAAAGUCAUCUGGAAAUGUCAUGAGAAAUAUUUAAAACAUUUUGUGAUGUAAACUGUGAUUUUUUUCCAAAAUAUCUGGACGAACGAGACAAGAUUUAGGAAGUUCGCACACAUCUAGUUUUCUCAUCUAUUCUGUCCUUCACUUCAGA